AUGUCAUCACAAAAUAAUUCAGAAUCUUCUACCUAUACAACUUCUAUUUUCACAAGAUGGUUAAAAGGUCAAUUAUCACGUAGUGAUAAAUCUAAUAAAGAAAAUCCUACAGGAUUUUCUUUAAAAAAAGUUUUAUCAAAUAUUCCUGGUUCUUCAUUUACUUCACGACGAAUAUCUAGAUUAAAUUUGGAGAAACGUUUGAAACGUUCAAAAUCUUUAACUUCAUCUUCAGUUUUUUCUAAACAUACUUCUACUACCACUACCGAUGAUACUUCAAAUAUUCAAAAAUCCGAAAAAAAGAAACGUCCUAAUAGUGUUUGUGCGGAACCAAAUUAUUGGGUUAAUGAUGAAAUUGAAAGUGUCGAAUUUUUAUCACCUUUUUACUCAGGACCGGAUAUUUACGGAUUAUCUGUACCUAAAAAAUUUCAAGCUCCUAUACGUAUACAAAGUUUACAACAUUUACAUGAUCAAAAUCUUGUUCCUGUAACAUGUCCUUCGAGAGAUGAUUGUUUGGAAAAUACAUUUAUCGUUCGUGGAUCUGUUGAACAUUUCGCUUAUGUAAGAACUUUGCGAAAGAUAGGUUCUGCUACUAGAAAUCGUCCAAGACCUUUUUAUCAAGUUUUUAUGUUAAGAAGCACGAUAACAAAACUUUCAAAUACUCCAGAAUUUUCUGAUCCUCAACGUGAAGAAUUAGUUAGAUACAAGACUUUUGUUUAUUCUUUAAACAAUAAAAAACGUUCAGAUGAAAAUGAAACAAAUGAUUCACCUUAUCGAUCAAAUUCAAUUAAUUCAAGGCUAAUAUCAAAUUUUUUAACCGAAUUUAAACCUUCUUAUUCACCAAUCGUAAUGAAUUAUCGACCUUCCUAUGCUUCAACAAAAGUCUUGACAAUAUUUGAUGAAACAUUAAAUAAAUUGGUCACCAAAGAUUUACCACUUGCUCGUAGAAGAAAAAGAUUAAGCAAAUAUAGUAUUUCAAAACAAUUUAAAUAUUCGGGAAGAGGUUGUUCUUUUCCAAAACUUACAAAUAUCAUUGGUGUUCGUUCUGUUGAAAAAAAUAUCAUACCUUCUCCUAUAACUUUGACUAUAUAA